CUAUUUGGGAUUGAACCCGGGUCAGCAAGCAGCCUCAGUCGCCAAGCACGCGCAUUGGCUAUCGCAAGAGCUGCACCAUAUUAUCGUGUUCGGAGCCGCACUCAAGCACAACUAAAAUAUCUAAUUUCCACCCUAUCCGUUGCCCAAAUUCCAAUUCCCACCACCGGCGCCCAAAUUCCAAUUCCCACCACCGGCGCAACCAUGAUCACCGCCGCCGCCUCUUUCCUCCUCACACCGCAUUUCCCCGUAAUUCCUCGCGCCGCCCGCCCGGUUUCAACGCCGAAGCCAAAAAGUUUCCGGUGUCUGAGCUUUUCCCGGCCAGUAUCUUCGAGACGCGACUUCCGGGCCUGGGCCGACGACGGAGAUGCAGACGGAGAUGGUCCGGAUGACUACGAAAUUUACGGGGACGAGAUUGAUGAUAAGAAUGACUUCGACAUCGACUACGACACCGGCACUUCGCUCGUCGCCGCCGAUGGCGGCGAUGGCAGCAUUCCCUUGGUGCACAGCAGCAGCUUCGUGUCGACUCAGGGUUGGGAAUCCGAGAAAAUCGUGGAUUACAGGAUAAACGAGGACGAAUUCCAUAAGAUUUGUCUGCUGGAUUGUGAUUUUUUCAUCCGGAAGCCGCCUGACCCGGACAACGACGUGUACGAUUUUAGGGAGAUGUAUGUAACGCCUCCAGACACUGAUGUGUACGCUAUUCCGAAGGUUCUUGCGCCUAUGCCUCAGAAAUAUAUUCGGUGUGCGCAGCGUGAUUAUGGUCGGUACAAUGUAACAGAGCCUCCAGUUGACGCACUCAGAGAUCCCUUGUACAAAUCAGAGAGACAAAUAUUUAAGGUUUGGGCAAAGCAAAUGCCGUUCAGCUCUUUUUGUCUUAUCCAAAAGUCGAGCAGUUUUCCACUGAAUAGUUUUCAGUAUGUUACCAUGAAUGGGGUGGAUUGGGUUUUCCUGAAAAAACAUUACAAGAAUCGCCGGGUGCGAGAUCCGGAUUUUGUGCUGGAUUUUGAGGAAAUUUAUGUAAUUGAUUCGAAAACAAAAUCAAUCACGAGGGCGAAAGUUGUGGAACAAAGAGAUGACCCAACUACGGUCAUCCAGAAGGAAGAGUGGAACAAAAGUAGGGAAGAUAUGGAAAAGCAUCUCAGGAAGCUUCGUGAUUUCGAUGUCUCGAAUUGGUUUUAA